CUCCCUAACCAGUCACAGCUCACUUCCGAGCCGCUGGUUUCCCCCCCUUUUCGCUGUAUCUGUUACAUUCUUUCGCAGUUUGUAUCAAAGCCUAAGGGGGGAGAAGAGCCAGUCACUUUGUUCCCGUCAUCAGUAAACAGCAGAAAUGGCAGAAGCCCAUCAGGCCGUGGCGUUUCAGUUCACUAUCACUCCAGAGGGCAUCGACCUGCAGCUUUCCCAUCAGGCCCUGAGACAGGUCUAUCUGUCAGGACUCCGCUCCUGGAAGAAACGGGUCACACGGCUGAAGAACAACGUGAUCACUGGUGUGUAUCCUGCCAGCCCGUCCUCAUGGCUGUUUGUUGUCAUCGCAAUCUUGGCCACCAUGUACACACGCUCGGACCCUUCCAUGGGCCUCAUCGCUAAAAUCCAGGAACAUCUGCCAGUCGGAGAUUCUCUGAGCAUUCAGUGCCGGACGGUGGUUUCUGCCGUGUUGUUCAGCACUCUGCUCUGGUUGUCGCUGAUCUUCACCAUGAGGCUUUGUCUGAAGCAGUUACUGUCGUAUCACGGCUGGAUGUUUGAACAGCAUGGGAAAGUGUCCAACACCACCAAAGUCUGGGCGGCCAUGGUCAAGAUCUUCUCAGGCAGACAGCCUCUAUUGUACAGUUACCAAGGAUCUCUGCCAAACCUGCCUGUUCCAGCAGUGAAGGACACUGUUAAGAGGUUCCUGGAGUCUGCACGUCCACUGAUGAGCGAUUCUGAAUAUGAGAGGAUGACGACUCUGGCCAAGGAGUUUGAGAGCAGUCUGGGAAACCGCCUGCAGUGGUACCUCAAACUGAAAGCCAUGUGGGCAUCCAACUAUGUCAGUGAUUGGUGGGAGGAGUAUGUGUACCUGAGGGGGCGUGGCCCAAUCAUGGUCAAUAGCAACUACUAUGGAAUGGACUUCCUCUACGUGACGCCUACACCGAUUCAAGCCGCGAGAGCAGGAAACACACUGCAUGCCUGCCUCUUGUACCGCAGGAAACUCAACAGAGAGGAAAUUAAACCUAGUCGUGUGCCAGUUUUAAAUGUUCCUUUGUGUGCCGCUCAAUGUGAGAGGAUCUUCAACACCACACGCAUUCCAGGAGAAGAGACAGACUCCCUGAUCCACUGGCAGGACAGCGAGUAUGUGGCGGUGUUCCACCGAGGCCGUUAUUUCCGCCUGUGGCUGUACCACGCCGGCCGCAUGCUGUCUCCCAGAGAGAUCGAGCAACAGAUUCAGCGUAUAAUGGACAACCCAUCACCCCCAGUGCCCGGAGAGGCCAAACUCGCGGCUCUGACGGCAGGAGACAGAAUCCCUUGGGCUCAGGCCAGAAAAGAGUUCUUCAGCUCAGGAGUGAAUAAGAGAUCUCUGGACUGCAUUGAGAAAGCGGCGUUCUUCGUUGCCCUGGAUGACGAUGAGCAAGGCAUGAGGGGAGAUGAUCCUGCUGGCAAUUUGGAUCGCUAUGCCAAGUCCCUUCUGCACGGCAAAUGCUACGACAGGUGGUUUGAUAAGUCGUUCACUGUGGUGGUGUAUAAGAAUGGGAAGAACGGCCUCAAUGCUGAACACUCCUGGGCAGACGCACCUAUAAUGGCUCACGUGUGGGAGUAUGUGAUGACCACCGAUAGUUUCCAGCUGGGUUAUACUGAAGAAGGUCACUGUAAAGGAGACGUGGCCUCCUCUCUUCCUCCACCUACAAGACUGACCUGGGACAUACCUGCAGAGUGUCAGGAGCGUAUCGAACGCUCUCUCGCUGUGGCACAGGCUCUAGCUGAUGAUGUUGACUUUCAUGUGUUGCCAAUUCAAGAGUUUGGCAAGGGUGCCAUCAAAAAGUGUAAAAUCAGCCCGGAUGCCUUCAUUCAGAUUGCGCUACAGUUGGCCUAUUAUAGGAAUCGAGGCACGUUCUCUCUGACCUACGAAGCGUCUAUGACCCGUCUAUUCCGCGAGGGCCGGACCGAGACGGUGCGUUCCUGCACCAGCGAGAGCUGCGCCUUCAUCAGAGCUCUGGAGGGAGGAGAGAGUAAGGAAGUGUGUCGGCGUCUCUUCCGCACGGCGGCUGAGAAACACCAGCAUCUCUACAGGAUGGCAAUGACAGGAGGAGGAAUAGACAGACACCUCUUCUGCCUCUACAUCGUGUCCAAAUACCUGGGAGAGGAGUCCCCUUUCCUUAACAAGGUGCUUUCAGAAACAUGGCGUCUGUCCACCAGUCAGACUCCUCUUCAGCAGGUGGAGCUGUUUGAUUUCGUUAACCACCCUGACUACACCACCUGCGGUGGAGGAUUUGGCCCGGUUGCAGAUGAUGGUUACGGAGUGUCUUACAUCAUCAUCGGAGAAAACAUGAUCAACCUGCACAUUUCCUGCAAACACUCAUGUCCUCAGACUGAUUCUCACAAGUUUGGAGCUGAUAUCAAGAAGGCUUUGGAGGAUCUUCUGGAGCUGAUGUCACCAGAGAAACUAGACCCCUCCAAAGCUGAGCAGAACCACUCGAAGAAAAGCAAAAAAGAGCUGUAGAGGUAGAACCGAAAAGGCCCAUGACGGUCAGAAGAAGACACGAGGUCACAUAGAACUAGAAAGUAGUGUGUUUGUGUGUGUGUGUUCGUUUGAAUGCAUGUUUAUUACAUACUGUACAAACAUGCAUUCAUACAUUCCAUGCUUGUUGUAGAAAUCGAUGCCAUGAAGCCAUGAAACAACAUGAUGGUGGAAGCUGCUUCGUCUAAAAAAGUAUUAGUUUAAUAAAAUGUAUGAAAGAGCAUUAAAAGCAAGAGAUAGUUUGAUAGCGGAAAGCCUUUCGUGUUUUCCAGAAGGACCAGUCCGUUUAGAUUUAAUUUGGUCCUCAUUUUUAAAUAUAAUGAAGAAUUGAAAUGAUUAGCGUGCAUCACCACCAGGGUGAUGGGAGUCUAGUGGUUACUGAUCUGACCAGUUAGUGUAAUGGUUGUAGGUUCAUUAAAAGUAAGCCUGAGCGAGGAUCUCAGUAAUGCAUCACCUCUGUUUCUUCUGAUGAAGGCACUUCACUGCUCUUACAGUACCAUAAAUCACAUCCAAAUAAUAACUCCUCAUCUGAACCGGAUAUUUUGAGGUGUUAGAAGAACUUGACUUUGGACUAAAAUCCUGUGUCAUUUUACUUGAAUCCCAGAGCAGAAGUAUAUUUAAGAUUUCAGUGACUAAUGACUCAGAAUAUUACAUGUGACUGCAGUUUUAAUGCUAUUGUCCAGAUACAUUGAUGUGUUGAUCUCACUAUUAAGUCUAUUAAUUUUAACUGGGUUUUUUUUAUUAUUAUUUAAAUGUACUCUUUUUCUUUGUUUCUUUAAGUUAAUAUAAAAUAACUUAAUAAUUAUUCACAAUGUAUUUAGCAAGCUUAAAUAUGUGUAAUAGGCAAAAAGAAAGCUAUGCCCUGAGAAGAAAUAAUUUACGGCAAAACAGAUUUCUGUUAUUAUCUCAGGUGUUUCAAAUACUUGAUUUAACUUCAAAAAAAAAUCAAGGCCAGUCACUUGCAAAUAGUUCCUGUUUACUUGUAUCCAUAAGAGACGUCCCCUAUAGUACAAAAUCUGAUAUGAUUUUAAUUCUAAAUAGUGUGAACUUGGAAUUAAAUGAUAUGGUUAACCUUCUAAUUAACUGAUUAAAUUGCAUUAGGAUGCUUUCAAAGCAAAAUGUGCUUGUGAUUAUAAUGCAUUUAAUAUUAAUACUAAACCAUUUAUACUAAACUUUUAUUUAAAAAAAAAGUAGAACAUUUAGGAGUGUGAUUUAAAGGAAAACUUCAUUCAAAAAAGAUUUUCUGAUAAUUUACAGCUCAUCCAAGAUUUAGAUGAGUUUGUUGUUUCAUCGGAUUCAGAGAAAUUUAGCAAUCCAUUACUUGCUUGGAUCCUCUCCAAACAUCGCAAUAAUCCCGAAGUAAUCAACAAGACCGCAAAAGCUGUGUGUUUGUAAUGAACAAAUAGAUCAUUAAGACAUUUUUAACGUAAAACAGUUGAACUUCGGGCUAAAAUAUGAGUCCAUAAUUGCUUUCUCCAGUUAAAAAAGUAAUCUCAUCAUGAAUCAGGAGAGAAAUAUGCACAGAUCAAAUAUCACAGUUUACAAGAAAAAAACAGUUCUAAGUAAUUAUGUUAUGGAUUAUAGACUUUUAUUUUGACCGAAAGUGAUGAUUUAAAGUUAUAAUGCCUUAAUGGUGGAUUUGUUUCUUACAAACAUGCAACUUUUCAUUUCACAAGACGUUAAUUGAUGGACUGGAGUGGUGUGGAUUACUUGUGGAUUAUUGUGAUGUUUUUAUCAGCUGUUUGGAGUCUCAUUCUGAUGGCACCCAUUCACUUCAGAGCAUUAAUUGGUGGCUGAGUGAGUGAAAUAAUAAUAUUUUUUUCCAAAUCUGAUGAAGAAACAAACUCAUCUACAUCUUGGUUGGCCUGAAAGUGAAUACAUUUUAUCUAGUUUUCAUUUUUGGGUGAGAUAUUCCUUUAAAUUACUGACAGAAUAAUUAAAAGAAUGCAAGAGAUGCAAGGCAUGUUACUAUACUACUAUAACCACUAUAUGAUUGAACACAAUUGUUGCAUUGGAACAUACCAAAAGCUAUUAUAUUUGUGAAGGACAUGAAGAAGGUGACUGGUUUUACAGCUAAAUGAAUAAUAUACGCUCAUCAACAUCAAACAUGUACAAUCACUAUAUAGUCUGCAUUAAUGCUGUAUUUCACUAGAAUGUGUUUUUGCUGAAGGCCCUUUGCUUCACUUGGCUGGACUGAGAGCAAGGGCUUCUAAACUUCCUUGUAGUUUUUCCAGUUUGUCUUUGCAAUCCGUUGGCAGCUCUACUCUUUAUUAUCUCUGUUAUGCCCUCAUAUCUGGCAUUUUAAACAAUAUAAAGUUGCCUUUCAAGUGCACGAGUUCUCGUUUGCACAAUUAGGUAUGGUCAUUGUGGAAAUAUUGAUAUACAGUAUAUACUUCAAAAAGGUCUUGUCUUGUUUUUCCUGUACUGCCUAACACUGCUUACACUAUAUCUUUCACUUGAGUUUAAACCUUACUGAAGAAUUGUAUUAUUAUUAUUAUUAUUAUUGUCAAUAUUCUAAUGAUUAACUUGAAACUGAGAACAGUAGCAAUGCAAGUGUUUGUGUAGUGCUGGUAUUAUUCUGGAGCGGCAGUGGUUUACCUCAUCUGUCUGAUGAAUGUUGAUCUCUCUUUUCUCCCGGGCCAGUACUGUAUUCUGUAUCUGCCUGACUCUUUCUCUGAUCUUUGGUUUCAAACUAUCUGUACACCACAGAACUUUACAUUUUCUCUCUUACUCUGGUAACCUGUCAUUCCUUGACAUUUUGUAUGUAAAUGAAACGGCAGAGACAACAGAUCACUUUUUUUAAUUAAAAUUGUUCAAGCACAA